UUGCUCCUACGCUUUGGAAGUUCAAACGACGUCAUCGCCGGCUGUGGAGGGAUGGUAGUGUUUGGUUGCUGUCGCGAGAAAGAGGUACCGAGUACACAGAAAUCACAGGUGGAUUAACAUCAGUUGGUUGGAAAGUCGUACUUGUAGGUAGCAAGUACUAACUGUGCCGUAUUAUCAGAUUCUAUUGGCGGAACGUUUUAAAAGAUCCCCGGCGCAGGAUGAAGGAGAGUUUGGUGUUCCUGGUGUUCGCUGUGGCGGGCUCCUGUGCGGGCAUCUUCUGGACCAACAGUAAGGACAACGACUAUCCCCGCAUCGGCCGCCGCAGCUUCUACACCGCCAGCAGUGAAAACACAUACCCCCGGAUAGGUAGGAGCGGAGGGGUGGAGGACACGUUAAGGGAUGGGAUCGAGACACGGGGGUCAUUCUUCACCCAGAGUGAUGAAAAUACCUUCCCUAGGAUAGGCCGAGGAAACGACAACAGUGACGGAAACGACGUCAAUAAAGUAGAAGCAAAACUCCAAAUUGAAAAGGGAUCUCCAUACCCAAAUAGUAAUGAAGAUACAAAGUCUCUGACAAAAGCUCAGACAGGGCUUGGAACAACGUUCAGUCUACCAGCUCCCAUACUCUUCUUUGCCUGGGAUGCUAAUGGGGAUGACAGUUUAUCACGUGAUGAAUUCGUCAACGGAAUUGCUAACUCGAGGAAACGACGCCAUCUUGUUUAGGUAUUUCCUUAUUUGGGCAACUACAGCAAGGACUGUGCGAUGACCUCACGUGGUGACCUUACAUUGAGCCGUGAACCAGAUCCCACUGCAAUUAGACGUUAGGAAACGAAGACGCCAGGACACAACAGCUGCUAAAGUCACACACAAACUCUCAUAUUCAUACCGAUUCAGAUUUAACCUUCAAUAUCCUGAAAAUGUAACAAUUUAUUUUUGUGUGUUUUAAAUAUCGCAUCAAACAAAGUUCUGUAUCUAAUCAUCAAAAAAGAACACGUGAUUCUCACAAAGGAUGAUGUUUAUAUUUUCUUGAGAAAAGAUAUUAAACAUUUUUUUCCAAACGUU